AUGUCGUCCGCGAUCCCGCUCUCGUCCGCGUGCGGGGUCGUGAGCCCGCGCGCGCCCGUUAAAGUGGUGCUCUCUCGAGAGCAGGGCGAGGGCAGAGGCGCUCGAGUCCGACGAAGCAUCGGAAACGCGGCGUUUCCAAAUUUCGACCCAUUCUUAAUGUUGGACGAGUUCAAGGUCGCCGUCCCGGCGGGGUUCCCCGAUCACCCGCACCGCGGGCAGUCCACGGUGACGUACGUCUUACCAGAGUCCGACGGCGCGAUGGAGCACGAGGAUUCGAUGGGGAAUCACGGGUUGUUAGCGGCGGGCGACUUGCAGUUCAUGAAGGCGGCGCGCGGAAUAUUACACGCCGAGGUCCCGGAGAACGAGCGUGUGUGUCACGGAUUGCAGCUUUGGGUAAACCUCCCCGCGAAACAUAAGAUGGACGAGCCCGAGUAUCAAGAGCUUCGGGCGGAGGAGCUGAAACGCGCGUCGAAGGACGGCGUCGAGGCGAUCAUCAUAGCGGGCGAGGCGUUCGGCGUCUCGUCUCAGAUUCGAACGAGAGAGACCCCGGUGCACUACGUGCACUUCAAGAUGUCGCCGAGUAGCGAGCUGAGGCAACCGAUACCGCCGGGAUGGGCGGCAUUUUGCUACACACUCAAGGGUAGCGCCAACUUUGGUUCAGGCGAGCUCGUGGAGGCGCAUCACACAGUGGCGCUUUCCAACGGCGAAGGUGAGGACGGCAUCGUCGUUCGAGCCGGUCCCGAGAACGCGGAGUUCGUCAUGAUUGCCGGGACGCCGUGCAACGAGCCCAUAGUGCAGCAUGGGCCGUUUGUCAUGAACACGCGUGAAGAAAUCAUGAAAGCCUUCUCAGACUUCCAGGGCGGCAAGAACGGCUUCGAGAGCGUCCGCGGUUGGCGAAGUGAGAUCCAAUACCGCACGCGAUGA